AUGUCUACAUCAAACAAUUCUUACAUGAAUAAAAGCAGUAACACUCAGAGAGAAGCAUAUCUAAAAUACUUCAGAAUCACAUGGUAUAAUGUACCAAUAUUUUUGAAACUCAGACCUGAAGCUUUAAACAGUGGAUUCAAGAGAUGUAACUACAGCAACUGCAAAAUGUCCUCCAACAUUUCUGAUGCAGGAUACAGUGAUGCAAUUAUUUUUCAAGGUGGUUAUCGAUUUCCGCUUAAAUUGACUUUUAGACGACCGAAUGGUCAAGUAUGGAUAUUUUAUGAGCAUGAACCACCAUACAGAUAUAAACAAAUACGUUAUAGAUCGCUUCCAAAAAAUUAUUUUAAUUGGACAAUGACAUAUGAUGAAAGUGUUUCUGAUAUACAUUUACCAUACGGUGCAAUAACAAAUAAAUCAAGCAAGGUAAGUCGCAGUGAGGUUGUACUUAUGCGAAGUAAAAACAGAACAGCGCUUAUGAUAAUGUCUCAUUGUAAUACUCCAGCUAAUAGGCUUAGGUAUGUAAAUCAGCUUAAAAAGUUUAUUGACGUUGAUAUUCUAGGUGAAUGUGGUACUAGUUGGUCAUGUGGAAUCUUAUAUAAGCACGACAAUUGUUUUGAAAUAUUAAAUCGAUACAAAUUUUUCUUAGCUUUUGAAAACUCGUUUUGCAAUAACUAUUUUACAGAAAAAGUUUUUGACAACUUUGAUUAUGAUACAGUGUUGGUAACGCGAGGAGGAAAACAUGGACAGAUAAAUCAUAUACUCCCACAUGGAACGUUUAUAUCAACAGAUGACUUUAAAAACGCUAAAGAGCUUGGAUUAUAUCUGAAAUCAAUUAAAAAUGAAACAUACCUAAAUAUUAUCCGAAGGAAACAACAGUUUACAUCAUUUAGAAGUUAUGAAUCAGUAUUUCAGAAAGCUAUGUGUGAGAUUUGCGAAAGAAUGAAUAAUGCAGAUAUGUAUAAAAAAACAAUCGAAGAUAUCGAUAAAUGGGCAUUUACCUCCAACCCUUGUAGAACACCAGAUGGCUUUGAAUGAUGCUUUAUUUUCGACACGGCAAUAUUGACAAAAUGUUUUCUCCUAUCUGUCGUAAGUUAUCCUUGUUUAAAUCACCAUUUGAUCAUAAUAGAUACUGUAACUGUAUGUCUGUAACUAAUGCAGUUGAAAUGUCAAUUCAACUUUCACAACUUCAGAGUAACAAAUAAUGUAGUUCUAAAAACUAUGUUUUCCUAUCAGAUACAAGAGAAGAUUGCUAUUUGAAUUUUGUCAUAAAAAACUUAAAAUUUAACUAAUCCUGCAUGAAUACUUACUGUAAACUUAUCA